AACCAGGGAGUGUCGCAGGAUCGACGCUCACGGGGCUGGCUGGAUGAUGGGUUUAUAAAGCCAACUCGACGCUGCUUCAACAACACCGCGCAGCGCCGCAUCUUUGGCUCAGUUUUGAAAUGGCGUCCCAAGGAGAAGUGUUCGCAAGGGCGGUAUCUCGCCUUAUCGGGUGGAUAUACAUGUUCUGCUGGUCCGCCUCAUUCUAUCCCCAGCCGAUCCUCAACUGGCGCCGUCGCUCAACCCACGGACUAGCGAUCGAUUUCCCGACAACCAACGUCCUUGGCUUCCUCUGUUACGCCAUCUACACCACCGCAUUCCUCUACUCUCCGCUGAUCCGCGAGCAGUACGCCGCUCGACAUCCGAGAUCUCCAGAGCCGUCCGUGCGAUUUAACGAUUUUGCAUUCGCCAUGCACGCCAUAAUUCUCAGCGUGACUGUGUAUAGCCAGUUUUUCCCGAAAAUCUGGGGCUUCAGAGUUUCUAAAUUCCAAAGGGUGAGCCGGACUGUGGCGGGUAUCUUCUGGGGCUGCAUCUGCGCCACCGCCAUUAUCACGGUCUGGGUAGCGUCGAAGGGAGGCUAUGAUCCGUCCGGCUGGGCUUGGAUCGACGUCAUCUACACAGUUUCCUACGUGAAGCUCGUCGUCACCGUGAUCAAGUACAUCCCCCAAGCAUGGGUGAACUACAAGCGCAAAUCCACCGUUGGCUGGAGCAUAGGUCAGAUCCUCCUUGAUUUCUCCGGCGGCGUGCUCUCGAUCCUACAGCUCAUCAUCGACUCAGCGCUGGAGGAUGAUUGGAGUGGGAUCACAGGUAACCCCAUAAAGCUCUUGCUGGGCAACGUGAGCAUCUUUUUCGACCUCAUCUUCAUGGCCCAGCAUUAUAUCAUAUACCCGGACAGGCGCAUCUCCUUGAAAGACGAUGAUAAUGAGACCGAGCCGCUGUUGGUUGAUAAUGAAUCGCGGGAUAUUCCAUGAGGAAUUUCUUUAUCUAUCGCCUCUCUGUCUUGGUUUAGGUUGCUGAUAUAUACCCCCCGCGCCCUAGAAGAUUACCAUUUUUUGGAUUUCCCCCCACCUCUUUGGGGGAAUACAUACAUACCCGUAUCGUUCGACAGGCUGCUUUUGGAUAAAACAUUGGCAACAUAUGCAUAGAUACAUCAGGCAAAUUGAAAUCAAUGGCUAAAUGGUGCCAUGACACGGAGAAUUGAAAUAAUAAUCCCACACC